UUGUACCUCUUUAUCACCCCCUUCGUCUCUAGUUUGUUUCUUCUUUACUGCACUUCUUCAAGCAGUAAUCUUGUUGCUACAGUGAAACAUACUUCCAUUGGUCUCCUCCUCUUACUUCAAUUCCACUCAGAGCUUGGUUUCAAGACUGGGAAAGUAAAUUUGGCAGGGCAUUCCAAUUUAGGCGAAUGGCUCCGCGCGCAGUGGUUACAGACGUACACUAUACUGUUGUUGAUAUAAAAAGACAGCGAGUUAGGUGCAAUUACUGUGGGAAGGAGAUAGCUGGUCGUCCUCGUCUUAAGGAACACUUGGGAGGAAUAGGUAUAGAUGUAUUACAUUGUCUCAAAGUUCCAGAGGAUGUGAAGGUACAAAUGAAAAAGGACGUAAUGGAAAGAAGGAACACCAAAUUUCUUAAAUCUCUCGAAUCGCGUGGUCUACCGAAGACGAAGUACGGGUCCAACGACGACUCCCAUAAGCAAAAAGGCAACCAUGUUUCCAGUCAACCCAGUUUGUCAAGGAAGAGAAACCAGUGCACUAUAAUUGAGUCUGGAUUAAAAAAGAAAGAUGAGAUGGCACGGAGUUUGAUUAACCCCGAACAAUCAAAUGCACUCAGCACAAGGAAGAUUGAAAAAGAAGCUGAAGAUAACUCAUCCAAGCAAAUCCAAAGGUGUAUUGGCAGAUUCUUUUUCGAAAAGGGUAUAGACUUUAGUGCUGCAAACUCCCCUACAUUCCAGAAAAUGAUACGUGCUUUUGUUGGACGUGGAUCCGCGGUGUAUAAGGUGCCUAACUGUAAUGACCUCAAGGGGUGGAUUCUGCAAGAAGAACUGAGAGCAGUGCAAGAGUAUGUGCGAGAAGUUGUGCAUUCAUGGGGAAGCACUGGAUGUAGUAUAUUGCUGGAUGGGUGGAUGGAUGGGAAAGGGAGAAAUUUCAUUCAUUUUGUGGUUGAUAGCCCACGGGGUCCCAUAUUUAUGAAGUCUGCUGACGUGUCAGAUAUUAUAGGAGAUGUGGUAGCCAUGAUCACAUUGUUAAGUGGAGUUAUUGAGGAGGUCGGGGUACAGAAUGUUGUUCAAAUAAUCUCAUAUACUACUCUUGGUUCACUGAACGCAGUGGGCAAAAGGUUGACGGAAAAAUACAGGACUAUAUCUUGGACUGUUUGUGCCGCUCAAUGCAUAGGCCUCAUCUUGGAGAAUAUAGGAAUGCUGGAUCCUUGGAGAGGUGUACUUGAUAUGGCAAAGGAUAUUACAAAGUUCAUUUACACUCAUGAGACAGUUUUGAAGCUUAUGAAGAAACAUACUUCUGGGGUGGAGCUAGUCAGUUGUAGGAGGAUUAGGUCACUGACGCCGUUUCUAAUACUGGAGAGGAUUGAGUCUCAAAAGAAUAAUUUGAAGAUCAUGUUUAGUUCGUUAGAAUGGAAGAGCUCAGCCCUAGCUUCAACAGCUGAUGGAACGCAUGUGACUGAUUUAGUCACUGGAGUGUCGUCUUUCUGGACUGAAGCCCAGAUGCUUUUGAAGGGAAGUCUUCCACUCAUACGUGCUCUGCAUCUAAUUAGUGGAGGAGAUAGUAAACCCCAGUUGGGAUACAUAUAUGCAAGAAUGGACCAAGUAAAGGAGGCCAUAAAAGAGAAUUAUAAAGACCAGAAAAUCAAAUAUCAGCCUUUCUGGACAGUAUUUGAUGGGAUCUGGAAUAACCAACUCCGUAGCCCUAUCCAUUCUGCUGCCUUCUUUUUAAAUCCGAGUCUCUUUUACUCUAAAGAUUUCAAUGAAGAUGAUGAGAUGAAGGACGGGCUUACAGACUGCAUCGAGCGAAUGGUAGAGGAUAAACGUGCUCGAUAUUUAAUAUUAUUACAGUUGGAUGAGUAUAUAGUGUCUCGUGGUUCUUUUGGCAGCGGAGAUGCUAUUGAUCAAAGAACGAUGCUUUCUCCAGAGAAGUGGUGGUACUUGUAUGGAGGUGAAUGCCCUGAACUGCAAAAUUUUGCUAUAAGAAUUUUAAGUCAGACGUGUACUGGUGCCUUAAGAUAUGGUCUGAGAAGGAGUCUAUCUGAGCAACUACAUAUGAAUGGAAGGAACUGUACAGAGCAAAAACAGUUGACAGACCUCACAUUUGUACAUCAUAAUCUUCGGUUGCAAAAUCCUGUAUCUAUUUCAAGCACAGAUUACAGAGGUAUAUUUCUUGAAGAGAUGGAUCCAAUGGAUGAACGGGUUGGAGGAGACGAGAAAGAGUCAACAGGAAUGGAAUUUCAAAAAAUGUAUCUAAGGAGUCACUUCAGGGGAUGCCACUCCUUGGCCUACCUUGUUCUAUUUUCAGCUUGUGCUUCAAUGGGCAUCAAGAUGUUUCGUGGUAUUCGAAAGGUUUUGCAGGAGUUGAUGCUAUCUGCCUUGCUUUGGACAUCGUGGAAGGAGAGAGAAAUGAUCUAAUUUACUUGAGGAAGUCUGCUACAUCGGAAGUGUUAUCUCGAAGGGUUAAGUCGUUAGCGCUCCAGUGGCUUAAGGUUUAUCAUCCUGAGGUAAUUGUGUGAUUUUCUGUACAGUUGGAAUUCCCUUUACGGACUGGGAUCCUCGUUAAAUGCUUGUUUACUUUUCGAUGUCCGGCUUCCUAACUACCUGCGCCUAGCUACUAUGUACAGUGUAUCCAUUAGUACUUCAUAUGACAAACAAGACUACGAGUCUAAAAGGGAAAAACAUGGGGCUCCGGCUCACUCUCUCUUGCCAUCCGAGUACUUCUGAUUUCAUCCGUUCCCUCGUCGUAUUUGCGGAUGACUCCGCUGCAUUAGGGAAUUUCCUUGCAUUAGGUAUUACCCGGCAUAACCCAUUAUAGAAUGCAUUUGCAAGGGCUGGUGAUAUUUCACACUGAAUUUUUUUUUGUGAAUAAACUGAUGUUGGAUUUAUUUUUUAAUUUAUUUUUUGAAAAACAUUAUGGAAAUGAAACUCAAAGAACAGAA